GCUGCAUCGUAGUGCUUCUGCCGAGCCGAGCUUCUCCUACACACUUCUUCUAGCUCUUGGACUCGCCAUUGUUCACACACGGCUCUCAACCAUGGCUGAACAGACUGAGAAGGCAUUCUUGAAGCAGCCCAAGGUUUUCCUCAGCUCGAAGAAGUCAGGGAAGGGAAAGAGGCCUGGAAAGGGAGGGAAUCGGUACUGGAAGAGUAUUGGAUUAGGCUUCAAAACUCCAAGAGAGGCCAUCGAAGGAACUUAUAUUGAUAAGAAAUGUCCAUUCACCGGCAAUGUUUCGGUCAGGGGUCGUAUACUUGCUGGUACAUGCCAUAGUGCCAAGAUGACGAGAACAAUCAUUGUUCGACGCAACUACCUGCAUUUUGUCAAGAAAUAUCAGAGGUACGAGAAAAGGCAUUCAAAUAUUCCAGCUCACGUUUCCCCAUGCUUCCGUGUGAAAGAAGGAGACCAUGUUAUCAUUGGCCAGUGCAGGCCAUUGUCAAAAACAGUGAGGUUCAACGUGUUGAAAGUGAUUCCAGCUGGGUCUUCUGGUGGUGGAAAGAAGGCCUUCACAGGGAUGUGAUUUGAGUGACUCAAUCUUCUUCAUUACGUUGCAAUAUUUGGAAGACAACUCUGUUAGGUUGUCCUACUUUGGUUGGGUGAACUUUAUUUGAACUUGAUGAAUUAAUUUUUUCCAGAGUGUAGUUUUAAUCAAGUUCAGAACGAUGUGACACUGUUCCUAUGACCAAGUGUUUACUCAGUUGGAAACUUAGUUGAUCUUGAUCUGGAUCUCCCAGCAUUUAUCUUUUUUGUUCUUUCCUUUUCCCUUCCCCAGCUAGGUGCUGGACAUCCUGUUAUGAAGCAGAUAAUUAAACCAUGCCCAAUGAUAUGCUAAUUUGUCCCGCCAUGGGCCUUCCAUUCAAUGCUUGUGGCUCAAAAUGGAUGUGGAAUGAUAUGUUCCCUCUUAAUGU